GUGAAGCAUGUGUCGCUGUUCAACACUCAGUAUUCGCGUGGAGUGUGGACGCGUCAGGAUAUUUGCAGCGCUCGCGUGCAAGCGGAGCUGAACAUGGCGCAGUCAGUACCAGAUUUCUACAAGGGGAAGAAUGUUUUUAUUACUGGAGGUACUGGUUUUGUGGGGAAGUCGCUCGUUGAGAAGCUUCUCCGCAGUUGUCCAGAAGUGAACAGCAUCUACCUACUGCUAAGACAGAAGAAGGGGCUCAGCACUGAGGAACGGCUCCGUGAGCUAUGCAACAAUAAGUUGUUCGACCUACUCCGCCAGCAGAACCCAGAGUUCUGCAAGAAGUUGCGCCUGGUCGCUGGUGACAUUACAAUGGAUGGGCUCGGCUUAUCAGACAAGGAUCGGGAGGAGCUCAGUGAAAAAUGUCACAUCGUAUUUCACAGCGCUGCCUGCGUGAGGUUCGAUCAGAAGCUGAAGGAUGCUCUCAUCAUGAACACUACAGGCACGCUGCGAGUGCUGACCUUGGCAGAGACCAUGAAAAAUUUGGAGGUGUUUGUGCAUGUGUCGACUGCGUACUGCCGGUGCGAUUUGCCGCAGCUAUGUGAACGACUGUACCCCGCCGUGCACUCGCCGCGUCGCCUACUGCAACUGCUGGAGUGGAUGGAUGAUGAUACCCUCGCUUACCUAGAGCCUAAACUGAUCGCGUCGGAGCCCAACACGUACUCCUAUACGAAGGCAGUGACCGAGGAUCUGGUGGAUGAGUUCAGCAGCAAGUUCCCUAUCGCCAUCGCACGACCUUCCAUAGUGACGGCAGCAUGGAAAGAGCCCAUUCCAGGCUGGGUGGAUAACCUGAAUGGACCUACGGGACUCCUCAUUGGCAGUGGAAAGGGUGUUAUUCGCACGAUGCACUGCGAACCAUCUUACACUGCGGACGCAGUGGCGGUCGACGUAGUUGCAAACGCGUGUAUCCUCAUCGCAUACGUCACAGCACAAGACAAGCCCAAGGAAACGCAGUUUUAUAACUUGACGCUGUCUAAAGUGAUAAAGAUAUCUUGGGAUCAGAUUAUUAAAUUAGGUGAGAAAUGGGUAAACGAGUAUCCCUACUCAAUGGUGCUGUGGUAUCCAGGCGGGACUAUCAAGUCGUACUGGGUGUCCCACCAGCUUUGUCUCUUGCUAACGCAUCUUCUGCCAGCGUAUCUCGUCGAUUCGCUGCUGUUCCUGCUAGGGAAGAAGACAUUCAUGGUGAACCUCCAAAAGCGGAUCAGCCACGGGCUCGGCAUCCUGCAGUACUAUACCACCAAGGAGUGGCACUUCCGAAACGAGAACUAUCGCUCGCUCCAGCAACGCGUCAGCAAGGAAGACAACGAGACAUUCUACACAGACAUGUCAACGCUCGACCCUGACGAAUAUCUCAAGUACUACGUGCUGGGGACCAGAGAGUUCGUGUGCAAGGAGUCUCCGGAUACUCUACCCAGAGCAAGAAGACUGCACAGGAUACGCUUCUUCGCUGACAGAAUCGUGAAGUUUCUAUUCCUGCUGCUGGUCUUCUGGUUCCUGUACUCCUAUCGGGAUGUAUUCUCCUCAUCAGUGGGGAUGCUGGACUCUGCUCUUAAGAGUCUACCGCCUCUCACUAGUGUCAGGGCAGAAGAUUCUUGAAACAAAGCUUAAGCAUAUCGUGCAAUUUCGACGGGGAGUGGAGACGGGGGUAAAUAGUGCGUGGUCCGCACUCAACCUAAAAUGCACGUGCUACGUAGCACAAACCUUCCGGAAUAUUAAUCUCCAAUAAUUUUAAUCUCCACACAAAAUAGGAGUUGGAGAAUUCAUCACUGGUUUUGGUUCAGGUGCGAGAGAUAAACCACCCUGGCUGGGUCUCUGCUGCCGUCGCCCUUGCGCCCGCGCAUCGCCUACGUUUAGACUUCCGUAAUCCAUGGCGAAUAUAACUUUUUAAGGAUAACGAAUAAUUAAUUGAGUUGUAUUGAUAUGUGUAAGGGUUUCCAUUGUGUUAAGUUUUCGUAGCUAUAUGUACACUUAGAUGUAGAGAAUGGACUAUGUAUAUCUAGCUGAUUAGUGAAUACUUGCAAAAAAGUGCGAGGGUGACAAAUGACAAAGCCAUCGUGCGGCCAUAGAUAUAUAGAAUUUCUACGCCAUAGACCUACAAAUAAGACAGGUAAUGGCCGCACAAUUACUUUGUCUCUUUCUAAAAGGUGGUCGUUGUUGCGUUUAGGUGAUGAGAGAGGAAAUCGUGUGGAUAUUCAUGCAAAAUUUACUUUGCCAGAAUGUAUUUUUUUGUUUUUCUAAAAGUACGUGGCCAGUCUUAUUUGAUGGUACGGAUAUUGCACGAUGAGGACUCAGUAUAAUAUUGUGUAUAUUUAUUAUUAACAUUGGUAGGUAUAUAAUAAUAAUUGUAAGCA